AUGCCGGUGGCUGCUUCCGCGGUCUACUUCUUGAAUCUUCGAGGCGAUGUCCUCAUCAAUCGCCUCUAUCGCGACGAUGUCGGUGGAAAUAUGGUGGAUGCCUUCCGGACGCAUAUAAUGCAAACAAAAGAACUCGGCACGUGUCCUGUGCGGCAGAUUGGAGGUUGCUCUUUCUUUUACAUGAGAAUUAGCAAUGUCUACAUUGUGAUUGUUGUCAGCAGCAAUGCUAAUGUAGCUUGUGCAUUCAAGUUUGUUGUUGAGGCUGUUGCAUUGUUCAAAUCAUACUUCGGUGGGGCUUUUGACGAAGAUGCGAUCAGAAAUAAUUUUGUUUUGAUUUAUGAGCUACUGGAUGAAAUCAUGGACUUUGGUUACCCACAAAAUCUUUCUCCUGAGAUUUUAAAGCUUUACAUCACUCAAGAAGGAGUGCGCUCACCGUUUUCAUCGAAGCCUACAGAUAAACCUGUCCCCAAUGCAACUUUACAAGUCACGGGUGCUGUUGGUUGGCGCAGAGAAGGCCUUGUUUAUAAGAAGAAUGAGGUUUUUCUGGAUAUUGUGGAAAGUGUAAACCUUCUUAUGUCUUCAAAAGGUAAUGUUCUACGUUGUGAUGUAACGGGGAAGGUUCUUAUGAAGUGCUUCCUCUCUGGAAUGCCUGAUUUGAAAUUGGGUUUAAAUGAUAAAAUUGGCCUCGAGAAAGAGUCACAACUGAAAUCUCGUCCUACUAAAAGUGGCAAAACAAUUGAGCUUGAUGAUGUUACAUUCCAUCAAUGUGUAAAUUUGACGAGGUUUAACUCUGAGAAGACAGUUAGUUUUGUCCCACCAGAUGGUGAAUUUGAAUUGAUGAAGUAUCGUAUUACCGAAGGGGUUAAUCUUCCUUUUCGAGUAUUGCCAACCAUCAAGGAACUUGGUCGAACGCGCAUGGAAGUGAAUGUCAAAAUCAAGAGUGUCUUCGGUGCAAAAAUGUUUGCACUUGGGGUUGUCAUCAAAAUUCCCGUUCCAAAACAAACUGCUAAAACAAAUUUCCAAGUUACAUCUGGUCGAGCAAAGUACAAUGCUGCAAUUGAUUGCAUAGUUUGGAAGAUAAGAAAAUUUCCUGGACAAACUGAACCAACCAUGAGCGCAGAAGUUGAGCUGAUUUCGACAAUGGCAGAAAAGAAGUCUUGGACGAGGCCUCCGAUUCAGAUGGAGUUCCAGGUUCCGAUGUUUACAGCAUCUGGUUUACGCGUUCGUUUUCUGAAGGUAUGGGAGAAAAGUGGGUACAACACAGUUGAAUGGGUUCGUUAUAUUACCAAAGCAGGCUCAUAUGAGAUUAGGUGCUAG